AUGCUCUUAAUUCUGAAGAUCAUUUUGGAGAUUCCCUUCGUUUCUCCUGUGUCCUAUUUCGUUGUCAGAAAAUACACACCCGAGAGACUUCUAACGGCAAGUUCCCAGACUACAGGCGCUGAAUCAAAAGCGUACAAUAUGGCAACUCCAGAUAUUUACGUGCAACCUGGCACUUCGGAUUCGUCUUACUCAAAGAUAGCCAGUCCACCGAGGGUGUUUCCUUCCCCAAGAGAAACCCAGACAUCCCUCAAAAGAUCGUUCGAAAAGUACCUUGCAGCAGAUAAUGGCUCCGCUGCUAUUGGGAAACUCUUCAGGCCCAUCGAUCAUUUGGCGUACGAGGAACCUAAAUACAUUCACACUAUGGAAGAUUUGGGCUUCUCUGCAAAUAGCGGUGUAUCACCUGUUGCCGUUUCAGAUCCAUUCCCUUUGUUCAGCGAAGAGGCCAUCGACAUCAUGAGGAAGGAGGUACUCGAUCCUGAAGUCUUGGAAAAGUACAGCUUCACAUCCGACAUUGCACCUAGGCAAAUUCGCGGCUAUGCUCCUAAACACGGAAAGUUCAUCUUCGAGGCAUGGAAGCACCCUGAAACCCUCGCUAUCAUUUCGAAGAUCGCAGGUCUGGACCUUGUUCCCGUUAUGGAUUAUGAGAUCGGCCAUGUCAACUUGUCAAUUCCAGGAAAUAAGGAGGAACACAAGGACCUGAAAGAUGAUGAUCAAGGAGGAGCUAUCGUCGGCUGGCACAGAGAUAGCUACCCUUUCGUUUGUGUGUUAAUGAUGAGCGACACAACCGGAAUGGUGGGUGGCGAGACAGCUCUGAGAACUGGUUUUGGGGAUAUCAAGAAAGUCCGAGGUCCAACUAAGGGAUGCGCAGUUGUUCUUCAAGGAAGAUACAUCGACCACCAAGCACUCUCGGCAUUUGGUGGACAAGAGCGUAUCAGCAUGGUCACUUCCUUCAGGCCUAGCUCUAUCAGGAUCCCCGAUGAUACAGUGUUGAACACCGUCCGACCUAUUUCCAAUCUCUCAGACCUUUACGGCCAGGCGGUUGAGUACAACCUUGAGAAUGCCGAGUCACGUAUCCGUCACAUGCUCAAGAACGUACGCGAUUCCAUGAAAGCUGGAGCGACGGAUGUCCGUACGAUUAAGUCAUUCCUGGAAUUCGAGAUUAAGACCCUUACCCAUCUCAACGAGGAGAUCGUUGACGAGUCUCUGGUUAAGAAAGGUUUAUUAGCAGAAGUGUGCGAAGAAGCAGCUAAGGAUAAGCGUCAAAAGCUCUGA